UCCAAUUCGUUUGCCAAGCUUGAGAGUGAUACACAUCCAGCAAGCAAAGCACCAUCUCAAUCCACUUCAAUCAUCAACUGAUUAGACUGAGAGUGUCACACGACCAGCAGCCUAAUUCCAUCCUAUCUAUCUUUAUUUAUCUUGUUUUAUCAUAUUAGAAAUCAUAUCUCAUUUGUUUUUGCAUUUGUUUUCAGGAUCAUAACUUGCAUUCCAUCCUAUCGCCCAUCCGAUCAUAUCUUUGGUCGAUCCAUCAAGCUUCCAUCAACCAUUUUGCCAUCCCUGAUUUCCAGCCUGCAACAUUUGGUAUCAGAGCUCAAAGCUCCUGAAUCAGGUCCAUCUAUCCUUGCAUCAUUCAUUUUGUUUGCAUUUGUUUUUCCAUUUAUAAAUCAAAAAAAAAGAAAAAACUGUUUUUGCAUUUUUGUGGUCUUUGUUCAUCAUAAAUUGAAAACCCAUAAAGAAUUGAGAUAGGAGAUGACCUGUUGUCUAGUUUGAUUCAUUUCAUCCAUAAAAAGAAAAGAAAAAUGUGUUUGCAUUCAUUCCCCAGCUCCACUUGCCAUAUUUAGAUUUUGUGCAUUCAUUUGAAAAAAAAAAAAUCUGCAUUUCCAUAUUUGUUUCUUGCAUAAGAAAAUUCAAAAAAAAAAAUCAGGCUUAGUUUAAUUUUCAUAUUUUAUUUCCCUUUGUGUUUCUUAUCAUACCAUAUUGUUUAAUUUCGAUAUUGCAUUCAGAAAACCAAAAGAGGAAAAUCAUUUUAGUAUAGUUACUUCAUUUCGGUUCAUAAUUGCAUAUUUUCUCGGUUUAGUUAAAUUGCAUUCUUGCACUUGUUUUAUUUUGGUUCGACCAAAACUUUCCAUACCUUCACUUGUUCUUUGAGAUUGUUUUCAGGAAGCAAUGGAGGAGGAGAGACACGGCCAAAACCUAAGGGCCACCUUGAGCCAACAGACCGCAGCUCUACAAAAGCUCCAAAUUAAGAUUGCUCAAUUGGAGAAAAGAAAUCAGGCACAAGGCCAACGACCACAGCAAGGAAAAACAAGAUUUGGAGAUGUACCAGGGGCUAUAUAUGUCGAUCCCAAGCCACCAGACCCUUCAAAGAUCAAUCAAACUCCAACUUCUAAAACCCACAACAAUCAUGUUGUUAAUCCUCGGUUUGAUUAUAACUCUUUUGCUGAUAAAAUUGAACUCUUUAAAUUUUCAGGAAAAGGAGGUUAUCUUAGAUGGGAAAGAAACCUUGAUGAGUGGUUUCACUACAACAACAUCCAGAAAAAGGAGAGGUUGUUUUAUGCCAUUGAUCAACUAAAAGAUGAUGCCUUUAAAUGGUGGGUACAAGAAGAAGAUGAUAGGUGGUUUUACAAGGAGCCAACUAUCAAAACAUGGAGAGCUCUUAAGGAAGUCAUGAGAUAUGAGUUUGCACCAGAUUUUACAAGUUCUGAAAUCCAGGAACUUUAUCCAAGGAGGUAUCCAACUCAUGGUUCCAAAGAGGCAAAGAGAAUGGUGCCACAACAAAGCCAUAGAAGCUUAAUCCACCAAGACCAGAUUCGGCCAAACAAGAGGUCCACGGUUUUAUAUGAUCAAUACCAGCCUUAUGAGGUCCCAAAGUCCAUGGAGAAGAAGAACUUUGUCAGCCAAGACACAUUGGCCAGACACAAAGAAAAAUCAGACAAACCGAUUUUUCAAGAAAAGGCCAAGGUAAGUCCUAUACUUGAUAAAUGUGUUUAUAAAUCAUCUCCCACUGGUAUGAGUCACUUGUCUUUGUCCAAGGAUGUUAAGACAGGUCCUGAGGUCCAGGAAGACACGAUCUCCACAUCCUUGUUGAGAUCAAAAGUUGUCCAUGAUUUAAUUCCAAGAGACAAGGAGAUUUUAAACCCAAAGAAAGAAGGGUCAUCAAACCAAUGUAUUUAGGAACCAAGAGAAGGAGAGCCAUCAGUAGUAACCCACGUGGUCGACCAGAAGAUGAUUCAAGACACCAAGCAGUCGAUCUUGCUUAAAGAAGCAAAACCGAUCAUAAAAGUAUCCCACCAAGGUAAGUGUCUAACACCACCUAGAGAUACUAUUACUGACGUGUGUGUUCUUGAUAUAGGGAGUAAAAGUGAAAGCUAUAUGCUUACUGAAGUUCCAAGGAAGGAACCAAACCAUAAGCUCAGCCAUGAACCACCUCACAAGUGGAAGCCUAAAAUUGAACUAAGUGUUGUUCAAAUGCCAAGGCUUAAGGUAAGUUUCUCUGAUCUUAAAACGUCCAAGACACUUGAUUAUACAGGUAUAAUGCACUUGUCUUUGCCAAAAAGUUUUGAUCCAGGAAUAAGACAAGAAGUAGUUCAUAACAACCAAGGUCAAAAGAUGCAAAGAAGGCAGCAAACAAAAACAAGUUGUCCAAAGAAGAAAAUCAUUCUUCAACUUGUGGAAGCUAUCAAAGUAAGUCUGGAAAUUUCAAAUUAUUUUUAUCAGUGUCCAAACACAGAUAUAAUGCACUUGCUUUUUGUCCAGAAAGUUGAGAAUUUUUCAGGUUGCAAAGAAGAAAGCUUCAAAGAAAUCCCACCGAAUAAUCUUUUGUUGCUAGGAGAAUCAACUCUAAAGGAGACCAGAAACGAGGCCACCAAAACUUUGAAGGGCCAUCCACUCCAGAAGAGAUGCAAUGUCCAGAACCAUAGGAGAGGCGUGAUCCUUUCAUAUCUGUCCAAAGAAGAACCACCUGAUGCACAAUCUAUCCCCAAACCGAAACAAUAUCAAGGUAAGACCUUAGAAUCUCAAAAGAGUAUGAAAGCUGACUUGCUCUAUCUUGGUGCAGGUUAUCCAGUUUCAAGGUCGAAAAUUUGUCAAGGGGGAGGGUAUGAUGCGGUCAUCAGAUCAGCAACUGAACCAGAGGUCAACCCAAAGCCCUACUCAACCAUCCAAGAUGCCAACCAGGAUAUACGUGCACUAAAAAUGCCAUAUCUUACAAACAAGGAGGGUUUAAAUCACGAGUCUAAUUUUUGAUGGAUUCUACACUCAAGAAGGAGUCCAGGCCAAUUGGAAUUGGGCCAAUAUAUUCACGGA